AUGGCGAUGAUAGUGACGACGACUGCAGUGGCGGUAAUGAUGUUUGGCAGCUUCCGGACGAGCAAAGGUGUCGGCUAUUCAGGUCAUUUCUUUGGCAACGCCCUAGUCAUCACCUCCAUGAAGAUAAAAGGAAAAGGUUUCCAGCACUGCGUCAAGUAUGAUUUCCAUCCGAGAGAGUGGUACAUGAUAACGAUCGUGUUCGUUUACAAUCGAUGGAGUAAAAGUGAACUUCACUGCUACGUUGACGGGGUUCCAGCUUCACACACUGACAUGACGUGGCUCGUUAACACUAGUGAUCCAUACGACAAAUGUUACUUGGGCUGCAGCCACGACAUGGAUCCGGAGACUAUUUUUAGCGGCCAAUUAUCGUCGGUGUACCUUUUCGGCGAGGCCCUCUCAGCCAAUCAAAUUGCAGCCCUCGAGUACCUGGGUCCUGGAUACAAAGGCCAGUUUAGGUUUGAAAACGAGAGCGGUCUUCUGUUGAACGAGCCAGUAAAAAGAAUUUUGUACGAUGGUAAACUCAGCCAGGCAAUUGUUUUUCUCUACACCCCCGUGUCAUGUGACAGUCAGUUAUGCCUCGAGUCGAGCCCCAAAUAUAACCCGACCUACUUCCUACACAGCCCCCACGCCCUCAUGCAGAACCAGGUCAGGUCCGUCGCCACCCAUUCUAUUCACAGCACCCUUCACUCUAUUGGCGGAGUUCAGGUUCUGUAUCCUCUAUUCAGUCAGUUGGACUAUCCGCAACAGACACAAUCUGAUUUUGUUGAUUAUAACAUCUGUUCCAUUUUAAUGCGUCUACUCUGUGACCUGAUUGAGACCUCCAAUACGAUACAGCAGCAGUUCUUACAAACAAAAGGCUUCCUAGUUAUCAGCUUCCUACUGGAAAAGUCGACGAGGCACCACAUUACGAUGAAUGUGCUGAACUGUUUCCUGUCUAUGACGAAAUAUUUAGUAUCUUUGCCGACGGGAGGCCCACUCCUGAAGCAUCUCCUCGAUCAUAUCCUGUUCAAUCCGGCACUCUGGAUCUACUCCAAUAUCGCCGUUCAGAGGAAAUUAUACACCUAUCUAUCUACGGACUUCAUAUCGGACGCCCAGAUAUACAACAACAUCAGACGCGUUAGUUCCGUCAUGCAAACAAUGCACUCCCUACUCUACUAUUACUGGGUGGUCAACCCGCAAAACCGCAGCGGGGUCACCCCUAAGGGCGUAGAUGGACCUCGACCGAGUCGAGAAGACAUCUUAGAGUUACGGAGUUUUCUGCUACAGUACAUAAGACAUCUAGUCGUCAGAGGUUCAGGAGUUCAAGAUGAAGAAUUACUGUCACUCAUCAACUAUCUUUCCACAGUUCAUGAGGAUGAUAACAUUAUGGAUGUGUUGGAUCUGACGGUGCAACUAAUGGCCGAACAUCCAGCCUCAAUGGUUCCCGCGUUUGACAGAAAGGGCGGGAUUAAGGCAGUUUUCAAACUACUGGCAUCUUCAAAUGAGCUAAUACGCAUACAGGCGCUCAAGCUGCUCGGCUUCUUCCUAACUCGAAGCACUCACAAACGUAAGCACGAGGCAAUGACACCCUACAACCUCUUCUCCCUAAUCACCGAGCGCCUCUCGCUGAACUCUCAAUAUCUCACCGUCGGAACCUACCAUGUUCUAUUUGAGAUAAUGACGGAGAAGAUGACGUGCGACAUCGUGAUCGAGAGAACGGAAGAGCCGGACAACAGCUACAAACUGGAAAAUCCCCUCAUCUUGAAGGUCAUAGCCAGUUUGAUCAGGCAGUCUCAGGGCCAUCCGAACCAAGUCAUGGCCGUCAAAAGAGUGGUCCUUCAGAUGUCGGUCUGGCAGGAUUGGCUCUUCUCCAUGGCUUACAUCUACCCUAAAGACGAGGAGGAGCAGCAGAUAACCGAAUCCGUCAUGUCCCUCUUCCGGAUGCUGCUGCACCAUGCCGUCAAGUUUGAGUUUGGCGGCUGGAGGGUCUGGAUCGAUACCCUGGCCAUCCUACAUUCUAAGGUAUCGAACGAAGACUUCCGCAUCCACAUGGUGCGCGUCUACCAGCAGUACGAUCGCAUGCAGGUGACGAACGUGGCAGACCCUAAUCUCAGACGACGCCAUCCAAUCAGCACCAUUUCCGGUUUAGGCGCAAUUCAAAAUGGCGGCGGCGGCCAUGUUGGGGCCAACAACUCCAGUGGCAACGCGAUCACUUCCGGCCGAGGAAAUGAUGAUGAUGACGAUGAUAAUGAUGUUGAUGAGGAGGAAGAAGACGAAAGAAAUAAGGAAAAAGUGGUCCUACUUGCAUCAGAAGCUGCUGUCAGAUCUCUUGUAUUCAUUGGAGCAAGAUGUACACCAGUGGAAGACGUACACAUCUUGGUGACGUCAUGCGGCGGACUGCUGCCGCUGCUAGCUGCUGCCACGUCACCCAAGGGUGAAAUAGAGAUGUUGGAGCCGAACCAGGGCCUCUCAAUAGAGCAGGCAGUCUCCUUCCUCCAGCGACUAAUAAACAUGGCCGACAUUCUCGUCUUUGCCAGUUCGCUCAAUUUUUCAGAACUGGAGCAGGAGAAGAGUAUGAAUAGUGGCGGCAUUUUAAGGCAGUGUCUCAGAUUGGUAUGUACAGCAGCAGUUCGAAAUUGCUUAGAGUGUCGCUACAGACAGCAACAGCAGCAACUACAGCAACUUCAGCAGCAGCAGCAACAACAAGCGAUGGCGAUUAGUGGCUCUGCUGCGACGGCAGUUACUGCCGUCAGCGGUGGUGGUGGCGGCGUUGGCAGUAGGAAGCUAAGCAGCAGCAACAAUAACAGCAACGCUGAUAACGAAAGGCCCGAUCCAAUCCAAGCCCUCAUAGCAGGGGUGCACCCCAAUAAGAACACGAUGGAUAAGCUGGGAUCGAUAAAUCCCAUUCGCGAUCCGGAGAAAUUACUCCAGGAGAUGGAUAUCAACAGGCUGAGAGCCGUCGUCUACAGGGAUGUUGAAGAAACAAAACAAGCUCAAUUCCUUGCUCUCGCGAUUGUAUAUUUCGUCUCGGUAUUAAUGGUAUCGAAAUACCGGGACAUCCUCGAACCGGCUAUAUCGAAUUCCGCCGGUAAUGGUACAGGCGGUUCUGGUGGCAAUAAUAAUAAUAAUAAUAAUAAUAAUGGGAAGAAAAAGAGGGAAGUUAAUGAUGGUGGCGGUGUUGUUAAAGAUGGUUAUUACAAGAGAAAUAAUUCGCGAAAUAGCAAGUACAUAUACAAUCAAUACACGACUAAUGAUGACGACGAUGACAACGAUGAUGACGCUGGUAAUAGUAAUAGUUAUGGCGGAAAUAGUCGCUGCGUUAACGGUGGAGGCGGUGAUGUUUAUGGCGACGAUGACGUCAUUAUCGGUGCUGACGAUGAUGACGAUGAUGACGUUGAUGUUACGACGAGUGUGCUGUCUCAGAUUUACCUGUCUGGAUGGGGUUGCGAAGGUGAGAGUCUAAAAGUGGUAGCUCGGAUCGAACAUGACCCACGCAAUGACGUCAACAAUUACGUCAUCAACAACAACAACAACAGCAACAACAACAAUGAUGAUAAUGGUGUUAACGGUGAUAAAAAUAAUAAUGAUGUUGUCGUUGCUGGCCAAUCUGAUAAGACUGCUACUUUGGCUAAUGACAACUCGAACAACAACAACAACAAUCAACGACUUCAAUUGGGCACUUCAACGAGUGACGUAACAAACAUCACACAACAUCAACAACAACACUCCACAACAACAACUGCAACAAAAUCAACCACGCUACCAUUGGCCGCUUCCACAGCCGCCACAAUUUUGUCGCCGUACGGAACGGGCGACAACAUGCACCUGUCGUCCCAGAUCGACACGAGCCUAAUCAGCGUAACUACAAUGGCUUCAUCUUCAAUUCUGACGGAAAUUAGUGAUGACGUUGAUGAUGCGGACGUUUCCACUGCAGCUGGGGUUAAUACUGCUGCUACAAGCGCGGCUGCUCCUACUGCUGCUGCUCCUACUACAGCUGCUAAUGAGACGGCUACUACGCCUGCGGUCGUUACUGUCGAUUCGGAUGUUGUCACUGCUGUGGCUAGUCGUGGUGGCGAAGCUGCCGUUAUGCCUCACGUAGGUGACCUUGAACCUCAUCAUCAUCAUCAUUUCCAACAACAACAAAAUCCUAAAUCGGCUAUUUAUAGACGGAGCACUUCGGAGGCGCCCAACAACCCGGACGACGACAACAACGGCGGCGACGGCGAUGAUGAUGACGACGGCGAUGAUGGUGAUGAUGGCGAUUACGGCGAUGGUGGUGGUAAUAGUAGCGAUAGAGUCGUUGUUUCUCACGCUAACAUACCUGGUCCUGUUCAGGUGAUUGGGGCCCAGCAGAUGCUACUUUCGGAUAACAAAGAUUCAGGGACAUUGACGGAGAGAUUGGAAAGAGCUCUGGGCCCAGUGGCCCCGUUAUUGAGGGAGAUAUUCGUGGACUUCGCCUCCUUCCUGUCGAAAACCUUGCUAGGCUCUCAUGGCCAGGAACUGCUGAUUGGCGGUUAA